AGCAAUUCCAUACACUGCGUCACGUACCCUCCUCUUUUUUUUUUGUCCGGUCGUGCACCAUCUCCUCUUCUCAAACGGCGGUGAUACGGUGCAUCCGACUCAUUCUUCUUGGCCUUCUGAAAACUCUCGACAAGCACGCUGCCCAUGCGUCGCUCUGUCGUGUGCCACGAUGCCGCGUUGUGCAACAUCGCACGCGGCGCACAACGAGUGCUGAUGGCGGCGCUGGCAAGCACCAGUGUAGGGAAUGAUGUUACUGGCUCCUAUGCGUCCGCUGAGGCUGACACACCUUCCUCUUCUUCCACCACUGCUGCGACUUUCCCAGCCCGAACGUCGUUUGCACUGCCAGAAACGCUCCAGGCGGAUUUGUCAAAGCCCUCCGUGGUGAAGGAUGUGCGCUACAAGCACGUGCCGUCGUCGCGCGUCGGGCGGGCUGCCGGCUUUGCGUCGCUGUUUAUGCAGCUGGGCUGGGAGAAACUGGUGGGAGGUACGCCGGUGGGGAGCGUCUUAUCCGAGCGCGGGCAUCAACACAUUGUGGACACCCUCUGCCGUAUGCGCGGGGCGGUGCUGAAACUCGGGCAGAUGUUGAGCAUCCAAGAUGCGAGCACGAUCCCGCCGCACGUGACGUCGCUGUUUGAGCGGGUGCGCGACCAAGCCUUCGCGAUGCCGCCGGCGCAGCUGGACCGGACGCUGGCGAAGGAGUUCGGCUCGAUGCACUGGCGUAGUGAACUGUUUGACACCUUCGAUGAAACGCCGGUCGCGGCGGCGAGUAUUGGGCAGGUGCACCGCGCCAUGCUGAAGCCCGGUGCUGCCGGGACGGACCCGAGCGAGCCACCGGUGGAGGUGGCGGUGAAGGUGCAAUACCCCGGUGUAGCGCAGAGCAUUGACUCCGACGUGGCAAACCUGAAGAUGCUCAUGUCGGUCGGUGUGCUGCCACCGGGCAUGUUCGUGGAUAGGAUUUUGCAAGAGUUGCGCAGCGAGUUGAGCUCAGAAUGCCAGUACAAACUGGAGGCGGCGAAACAGACCAAAUACCGCAAGCUGGUCGCCGAUGAUCGCCAUCUCUCGCAGCUCUUCUACGUUCCAAAGGUGUUCGAGUCCAUCUCGACGGAUCAAGUGCUGGUGAGCGAGUACGUCCGCGGCGUGCCGAUCGAUCAGCUGGGGAAGCGCGAGGAUGUGCCGCAGGAGCUGCGCAACUACAUCGCCGAGCAGCUGAUGUCGCUGACGCUGAAGGAGCUGUUUCUGUGGAAGUUCAUGCAGACCGACCCAAACUUCUCCAACUUCCUGUACAACGCGAGCGAUCAGAAGGUGUACUUACUGGAUUUCGGCGCGUCGCGCGAGUACGCGGAUGACUUUUUGUCAGACUACCUAGAUGUCGUGACGGCUGCUGCAAUCGGGGACUGCCCCACGAUUAUCGACAAGAGCGUCCGGCUUGGGUUCCUCACGGGGGGUGAGGCGAAAGAGAUGCUGGACGCCCACUGCGCGAGUGUGCUCUUACUGGGCAAGCCCUUCGAAAAGCGCGACGAACCCUUCGACUUUGCGGCGCAGAACUUGCCCAAAAUGAUCCAGUCCUAUGUUCCAACCAUGGUGAGGCUGCGUCUGCGUCCGCCGCCGACACCGAUUUACUCGCUGCACCGCCGUCUGAGUGGAACGAUUUUGCUGGCCACAAAGUUCAAAGCUACCAUUGACAGCGGCAAGCAGUUCUGGAGCAUCCACGAUCAACUGCGCAACUGA